AUGAUGGAAACUCUACAUACGACUUCCCCGAUUCUCAGGAGUCAUGAUGAUGAUGAUCUAAAGUACGAAGACAUCAGAAGUAUACUACGAGUAGUCCCCAACACACACAACAGCUCCCGUCUGCUAGGGAUUAAGAAGCAUAACGCAGGUCCCAUAGCUAUAAUUCUUGCCCCAUCAAAUAUAUCUGCUAAAUUUCAUCGUAACCAGAAAAUACCCGGACUCGAUAGAGAUACAAAAAAUGGAAUAUACGGAGAUGGUUUCACAGGUACAGCUGAAAAAGCAGAAUCUGAAAUCACUGUUGAUAAGGAAAAAGUGGAAGAAGCGGAUCAUAAAAGUUUAGAAAAAUUUGUUAUUAAACAUAGAACAAUCGAUGAAAAGGUAAAAUCACCAACUGUAAAGAGCCACAACUAUACACAUUUCAUUGUUGAUAAAAGUACAUUCAAGAUUGAUAACGAUGACUCAUCCCGAGAAAUAUUAGGUGAUUCAAAUUCGGUGCCUGAUAAAAUUGAAAAUAGUGUGGAUGAUAAAAAUGAAUUUAAUAAUGGUGUUUUAGACGACAUCACGACCGAUUAUAAUACACGCGAGGAACGUAAAGAGAAAGAGAUAUUAAAUGAUUUGAAUAAGAAUUCACCUAAGGUAUCUGUGAAUUAUAUUUUUGGAGAACAGCUUAAUAAAGCACUGAAAGUGUUUUAUCCUGAUAUAGAGUGUAUUCGAACCGAUGUCCGAAAUUGCUCCUAUAGGGUCAUAAACCUACUGUUUAAUUUUCAAAGAUAG